UUUCCUCGAGAUCCCCUCUUCUUUCUUAUUGUUUGAACAAUUGGGGGAGGUCAAAGACUGCGGGAGACUCGAGCUGGGAGUUUGGUGAAGGAGCAUUCAGACUGAAUGGGGGUAGGAUCAGAGUCUGCAGACUUAAUUCGUGCUCAAACACCAAAUCUAGUUAAACUUUAGGUGCUGUAAUUUCUUGAAGUUGCUCGGACCUCGAAGAUCGAACAGAUUUCGGCUGCAUCGCAGGACCUGGUACACACGCAUUUUGCGAGUUUUUUUUCCCAGUCACCCCUCUACCCAAACAGUACUGAGGUGGAACAGCAUUUUCCCACGUUUUCUUCAAAACGGCCAAACAAGGCUUCGCACCGGUAUUAAGCAUCCGUUUAUAGAUAACUGGCUGCACACCAACUUUUUCAUUAGACUUAUCUUCAUACGGUGAACAGGAAGGAACGGGCUGGUCUUAUUUCUGAGACGGAGCGCAUUCCUUCAUAUACUCUAGUGAGCUUUGAUUUCACCCUCUUUCAGCGGAGCACUGGGUGAAUUCGGUUACUCCCGGUUUCUCAUCAAUGGGUAUUCCUCAAGGCAUAGUGUAAUUGUGUGGACCGUUCCAAAUUGGUUUUUGGAAUAAGUUUCUAAAAUUAAGCCCAAAGCGCUUAACAGUAAUUAAGGAUUCCAUCUGGGAUACCCCAUUCUUCAGCGAGGGCAUAGUGUCACGUCAAGAUUCAUUGGCAAAAAGUUAGAGUGCAUGGACCAGCAAUGAUGCCUCGGCCUUCUGGAUGGAGAGCUCUCUGCAGCUCCGCCCCCAGCUGUAGCUCCGCCCACGGUCGCCCUGGCUGCAGGAUGCUGUUGCCGUGGAGUCUGCUGUUCCUGUGGGCCGUCCUUGCCCAGUCCUCCCAAGCCCGCCCUGCCAUCACAGACCCAGACACCCUUGCAUCAUCAGAAGAUGAAGAUGAUGAUGAGUCUUCCUCCGAGGAAAACAAGACACCUGGCAACCAAAAGCUCGCACCGAUGGCUCCCGUUUGGGCCAGUCCAGAGAAGAUGGAGAAGAAGCUGCACGCCGUGCCGGCCAGCAAGACAGUGAAGUUCCGUUGCCAGGCCAACGGAAACCCCACCCCCACGCUGCGCUGGUACAAGGAUGGGACGGAGUUCAGGAGGGACCAGCGCAUCGGGGGCUUCAAGGUUCGAGAGCACAUGUGGACCAUAAUCAUGGAGUCUGUGGUGCCGUCUGACAGAGGGAACUACACCUGCGUGGUGGAGAACAAGUACGGCAGCAUCAACCACACUUACCAGCUGGACGUUGUGGAGCGCUCCCCGCACAGGCCCAUCCUCCAGGCGGGGCUGCCGGCCAAUCGGACGGUGGUGGUGGGCAGCGACGUGGAGUUUGUGUGUAAGGUGUUCAGCGACCCCCAGCCUCACAUCCAGUGGCUGAAGCACAUCGAGGUUAACGGCAGCCGCGUCGGGCCCGACGGCCUGUCUUACGUUCGUGUCCUGAAGAGUGCGGGGCUCAACACCACCGAUAAGGAGAUGGAGGUGCUCCGUCUGAGGAACGUCACCUUUGAGGACGCCGGAGAGUACACCUGUCUGGCGGGAAACUCCAUCGGCUUCUCCCACCAAUCCGCAUGGCUGGCCGUCCUCAAAGCCAUGCCCCCAUCGGCUGUCCCCAGCCAGACCUACCUGGAGGUGCUGAUCUACUGCGUGGGUUUCCUCCUCAUCUCUGUCAUGGUGGCCAUCGCCGCCAUCUUCAAAAUGCGCAGCUCCUCCAAGAAGACCGACUUCAACAGCCAGAUGGCUGUCCACAAGCUGGCCAAGAGCAUUCCCCUGCGUAGACAGGUGUCGGUGGACUCCAGCUCCUCGCUGAAUUCGGGAGCGAUGCUGGUGCGGCCGUCUCGCCUCUCCUCGACCGGGACGCCCGUGCUGUCGGGCGUGUCCGAGUAUGAGCUCCCCCAGGACCCCCGUUGGGAGCUGCCCCGGGACAGGCUGGUCCUCGGCAAGCCGCUUGGGGAGGGCUGUUUCGGGCAGGUGGUGAUGGGCGAGGCCCUGGGCCUGGACAGGGACAAGCCCAACCGCGUGACCAAGGUGGCCGUGAAGAUGCUGAAACCCGACGCCACUGAGAAGGACCUGUCAGACCUGAUCUCUGAGAUGGAGAUGAUGAAGAUAAUCGGGAAACACAAGAACAUCAUCAACCUGCUGGGAGCCUGCACCAAGAAUGGCCCCCUGUACGUGAUCGUGGAGUACGCCUCCAAGGGCAACCUACGAGAGUACCUGCGAGCCCGCCGCCCCCCCGGCAUGGAGUACUGCUACAACCCCACCCACCCCCCGCUGGAGAGCAUGUCCAUCAAGGACCUGGUCUCCUGUGCCUUCCAAGUGGCCCGGGGCAUGGAGUACCUGGCCUCCAAAAAGUGUAUCCACAGAGACCUGGCUGCCCGCAAUGUCCUGGUGACAGAGGACAACGUGAUGAAGAUCGCCGACUUUGGCCUUGCCCGGGACAUCCACCACAUCGAUUACUACAAGAAGACCACCAAUGGUCGCUUGCCUGUGAAGUGGAUGGCCCCAGAAGCUCUGUUUGACCGGAUCUACACACACCAGAGUGAUGUGUGGUCUUUCGGGGUGCUGCUGUGGGAGAUCUUCACUCUGGGCGGCUCUCCGUACCCCGGCGUCCCGGUGGAGGAGCUGUUUAAGCUCCUGAAGGAGGGUCAUCGCAUGGACAGGCCCGCCUCCUGCACCCCGCAGCUGUAUAUGAUAAUGAAGGAGUGUUGGCAUGCAGUGCCCUGUCAGCGGCCCACAUUUGCACAGCUGGUGGAGGACCUGGACCGCAUUCUGACCAUGUCUUCCAAUCAGGAAUACCUGGACCUGGCGUUUCCACCUGAGCAGUACUCCCCCAGCCUCCCUGACACGCUGAGCUCCACCUACUCCUCGGGGGUCAACUCCGUCUUCUCCCAGCAGAGCGGCGUUGACGAGCCCUGCCUGCCCACCUUCCCUCCCCAGCCCAACAGGGUGGCCUUCAAGAAGCGCUGACGGGCCAGUACCACUCGCCUGUCACCCUAACCCCCCCCCCUCACCCCCCACCCUGCCAAAGACUGAGCGAUGGGGGUGGGACACAGGGGGUGAAAAAUCUUCUCUUUAUGUCUGAGAUCCCUCUCAGGCCCACCAGGAUGGCUAAGGGACCGCGGGCCUCUGCUCGAUGGCAUUGGAGGACCUUGAAGGCUCCGCCCCUCCCUCCCCCUCCCACAGGACUGUAACGCACUCCGAGUGGAGCCUGCAGCAGAUGGAGGACUGCACGACAAAGACGACUUUUACUGCAUUUUCUGCUUCUGUUGUUAAUAGUGAAUAUAUGAAAUUAGUUUUUGCUUUGCUGACACAUUUCCACAAAGACAAUGUAUUACCAAGGAGCAGUCACCAUAUGUGUAAAUACCGUUAGAAAAGUAUAAAUAUGAUUACAUAUAUUUCCACUAUAUUCUUAUUAUUUCAGUUUUGUCCCGGGGUUGCUCUCUGAGACUCUGAGGGAUGCAGCACAGAGUGAGUUUAGGAGUAUAACGAGACCGGUUCUCGGUUUGUUCACACUCUUGUUCAGUAUCACCCGUCGGCUGUGGCCUGACUGUGUGAGCAGAUAGAAAGGUUCUGUGCAUGUUCACUGCUUUUUGUGGUGCAGGAGGCCCUCUCCACCAGCAAGGGAAACAUUCCAGAGACCCCCAAAACUGGGGAAAUGCACAAAUACUGUACUGACAACAGGCACGCACACCAAGCAGAUUCAUUUCUGAAGUAAAAGCCCAUACUAAAGGAAGACAACAGAUUAGUCAUUAAUAUCUGUACUUAGGUAAUAAUGCAAUAUGCAGCGUAAAAAAUGAACUUAGGAAUGUAGGUGCUGGAACGGGACUCUGUGGUCAGGGAAGAGAGGGUGAAGCUGGGUACAGGAAGUCCCCCCCCUUUUGGAAACCGUAGAUGGAAACUCUGAGUGGUGAGGGUCUCCUGUAGACGGCUCAGUGGGUGAGAGCCAAGCAGGGCAUAGAAAGCAGUAAAUCUCCACAGCGCUUACCCAAAGGAAGCGUUCAGUACUGGCCGUGUGAUCGAGACAUGCACACACACUCUGUGGGACACAACAAGCUGUCAGCUGGAUGUGACGACAGCCACAACCCAGACCGUGCGCUCCGUCUCUGCUGUGUCUCUCCUCACUGCGUGGCUCUGAGGAAUCUGGACUUGCAGACUGCUUCUGCCAGCCUGUCUGCGCGCUCGGCAUGGAUGGAGGGUCCUCCCUCUGGGAAAGAACUGGAACACUCCUCUGUAUUUCAGAGCGGUGAAAGGGCAGCUCGCAGAGGGGAGAGAUUUCCACCAGAGCUGGGCCCGAUU